AUGUCGCUCGGACACCACCACGCCUGGUUGCCACCAGGACAUCUUCGGCCUCCCGAUGAUCAUCACGAUUCGCGGUCAAUCAAUGGCUACUCGAAAUCAUUUUCCGGCCCCAGGACGCCCCAAAUGCGCGCCUCGGUCGACGCUGAUGGGUCUCACGCGGGUAAUCUGAUAUCGGAGGCUGAUAUGGCAGCCGAGGAAGACCCACGCAUUGCCAUAUUUCGCGAUCUAUACAGACGCAGUGAGGCGAAAAUAAAUAACUUAUUUGCUGGACAGGAAAUUGCGGAGGACCUCGUCGGCGCCGCCGUCGCGGACGCUGAUGAGCCCGACACCAAGAAUGAGCGCGCUGACGAACCUGCACCUCCUCCGGUACCCGCUAAGAAACCCGCGAGGAAGCUGGAUGAUGAUGACUACGAUGACUAUGACGAUGACGAUGAUGGAGAUGCUCCAUCACCACCAAAGCCCAAACCUCUCACCCCUUCCCAGGAAUCUAGUGCUCCUCCUCCCUUAAGUCGCUAUACGAGCGGUACGACAUCAGCAGGCGGCGAUGUUUCGAAAGAAACGAAGAAAGAGUCGUUAGAAGAUAUUCGGAAGAAGUUGGAGGAAGACAAGAAGGCAACCGAGGAAGCUGCGAAGAGAAGCUUCCAUACCAUCUUCUAUACACUAGAAAAUGACCGAGAUGCUAUGCUGGAUCAACAACGCCUAGAAGAGUCUGAACGGCAAGUUGAAGCUGAAAUGUCAAGCCAAGCCAAUGCUGGUAACAAUGCGACUUCAGCUUCAAACGGUUACGGCUCGCUGAGCAACGCUAACCUUGGCGCGUCGAGUCUAACGUUGAAGAAUCUUAUCGCGAGAAUCGACAUGAAGCGGACAAUGGUGCAAGCCUCUGAUGCAGAGCUUCGGAGCUUGAUGAGCGAGGUUCGGAAGAAUCGCAGCAAAUGGGCCAGUGAGGAUAAAAUUGGCCAGGAAGAGCUAUACGAAGCUGCGGAGAAAGUCCUCAGCGAACUCAAAGCCAUGACGGAGCAUUCGAGUGCCUUUCUGACUCGUGUGAAUAAACGUGAUGCGCCGGAUUAUUACACAAUCAUCAAGCAUCCCAUGGACCUGGGAACAAUGACUAAGAAGCUGAAAGCGCUGCAAUAUAAGUCAAAGCAGGAGUUUGUUGAUGACAUCAACCUGAUCUGGUCCAACUGUUUCAAAUAUAACACAAAUCCGGAACAUUUUCUGCGCAAGCAUGCCUUGUACAUGAAAAAGGAGACGGAGAAGCUUGUUCCUCUUAUUCCAGAGAUUGUAAUCAGAGAUCGUGCUGAAGUUGAAGCAGAGGAGCGUAGACUUCAGCUCGCGGAGCUUGACGGUGCAGAAGAGAGUGACGAUGAGCCUAUCAUGUCGUCCAGAGGUAGGAAAGCUCCUGGUAAAUCAUCCAAGAAAGGUGCUGCUCCAGCUCGAAAUACUCCUAGUGGAUCUGAGCCUCCUGCAGGUGCAUCUUCGCAGCCAUCAGCACCUGCACGCGCGGACUCCGAUGUUCCUGCCGAUGGCACCCAAAACGGUUUCGCGACACCACCACCCGGGACACAGACUCCUUCAGACCCUGCUGGUGCCGCGGCUGGCGUCUCUGGGAGCCAUGGUGAUUCUAUGGAAAUUGAUGGAUUGGCGCCAUCGACUCUUGCACUUAGUGCUUUAUCAGCGCCGGGCGCGGAAGCUGAGGAUCCUGAGUACAAGGUGUGGAAGCAAGUCACGAAAAAAGACAGGGCUCUUAUUGCUGCAGAAAGGCAUCGCUUGUUCAAAGGCGACAAGCUAAACUCGGACGAACCGGCUUUACUGCGCACCAAAGCUGGUAUGCGAAGGUGGCUGAGGAAUCAAAAACAGGUUAAUGCGGAAGGUGAUAAGUCCAACGAGUCAAGUGCUCAAGCCAUGGAGCCUGGUCCGGCUGGUGGAUCUCUUGCCGAAGGUAUUGAGGUCGAAGAGGAUAAAGUGAUCCCUGAUUAUUACGAUGUUAUGUCAGGCGUUCCUGAUCUGCCUGGACAACUGCUCUGGAGGGAAGACUCUGAUGGCAACAUCGUGGAUGCUUCCGAGGAGUUUCUAAGGAUCCUACCAAAAGGAACAUUCACCCAGCCGGAAAGCAAACUUUCCCGUAAGAUGGAUGCGAAUAUGCGGCAAAUGCAAGAGACUCGAAAGAUUUGCUCCAAAAUUGGCAUUGUCAAGCAGAUGCAGUUGCAAUCUCAGAUGUACCAGAACCAGUUCCAGAAAUAUCAGCCGGAACCAUUUGUCGAGCACGAUGUUCCGCCUCAUGUAAUGAAUGAUGAAGGGCCUGUCGUGUCUCCAUGGGUUUGCAAGGCAGCUUUGCAGCGCUCCGUUGCAAAGAUUUUCUAUCAUACUGGAUUUGAGGAGUACCAGCCGUCAGCUCUUGACGCUGUCACUGAUAUCGCUUCUGAUUUCUUUCAGAAGAUAGGGGAAACCUUCAAGUCUUAUAUUGAGGCACCCAAAGUUCCUACCAGCGAUCCAACGGACAUUGUGUCUUCAAGCAAUCAGUGGAAAAAGGCAUACACCGAACCGGAAAUUGUGCUUCACACACUGAACUCUGUCGGCAUUGGUGUUGAGGAUAUUGAGUCUUAUAUCAAAGACGACGUUGAAAGACUUGGGACGAAGCUAGCGACCGUCCAUGACCGUUUGAGGUCUUUGCUUUCUGAGCUUCUGCGGCCUGCCCUUGCCGAUGGAGGUGAAGAUGGUUCCAGUGCGUUUGCAGAUGGUAGUGAACAGUUCGUUGGCGGUGACUUCGCUGAGGACAUUGACGAAGAUUUCUUCGGGUUCAAGGAGCUUGGUCUGGAUAAGGAAUUUGGCUUGGCUACUCUUAGCGUCCCGCUUCACCUCCUCCAGAAUAGGAUGUACAACGCUGCUCAGUCCCAGAAUACAAGUUCUACCCAAACCGUAACCCUCUUUCCGCCGCCCCCUCCGUACCCACGGAUCACAUCGGAGACGUUACCAUCGCAAAUUGGAUUGGUCCAAGCAUUUUUCGGUGCCAAGUUACAAGCGAGCAAUAACGAGGGCCUGGUUGAGGAUCUUGAACUACCACCGAAACAAAGGCCAAUGGCUGCUAAACCUCGUCUUCCAGCCUCUGGCAAGAUCCUGCCACCUUCUGCCCCGGCCGGGCCGACUUCCAGCCCCCAAAAGCGGCCACUCCCUCCGACAGCUCCUAGUCAGCAACCAAACGCUAUCAAGCCUGGGCCGUCAGAACCCAGCAAGAAGAAGGUCAAGAAGAACAGUGGCAUGGCUCUGGAAAUCCCUGGAUCAAUUGCCGACGGGGACGAAGCUGCAGCGAACCUGGAUGGCACUAAGACUACCGAUGACCCAACAUCGACAAAUAUGGAUUCCAAGGACUCUGCUGCCGAGGUCUCGGGGGGGCCCGUGACCAAGGAUACUGCCAUGCCAGACGUUACCGCUGCUGGUGAAGGCGCUGGUUCUAUUGGUGAUGCCACCGGCGAUCCAAACAAAAGUAACGACAGCACGGCUCCUUUGACAAACGGUACAGCGGGCGUUACAUCAUGA